CAGAGCUCUCUAUAAAUACAGGAAAUUCUGUUCAUCCUUUAUCACCACUCACCAGCUCUAAGCUUGAAGCCUUGCUAUACCUUUAGUUUUUUUUUUUUUUUUCAUUUAUUUCUUGCCAAUUUGUUAUCCAUGGCUUCCAAAUGUUCCUCUCCUUUUGACAAGUUCAAAGUCUUGUUAGGAUUGUUUUUACUUCUUAUUAAUGUGGCAUCUGCCCAAUUGUCUUCUAACGUUUAUGCAACAACAUGCCCUAGAGCACUUGCCACCAUUAAAUCAGCAGUGGGCUCUGCUGUGUCUAAUGAAGCUCGCAUGGGGGCUUCCUUGCUCCGUCUUCAUUUCCAUGAUUGCUUUGUCAAUGGAUGUGAUGCGUCCAUACUGUUGGAUGACACAGCAAAUUUCACAGGAGAAAAAACAGCUGGUCCAAACAACAAUUCAGUGAGGGGAUUUGACGUAAUUGAUACCAUCAAGUCUCAAUUGGAGAGUUUGUGCCCUGGUGUUGUUUCUUGUGCUGAUAUUGUAGCAGUUGCUGCUCGCGACUCUGUUGUUGCUCUUGGAGGACCUAGUUGGACAGUUCUUUUGGGUAGAAGAGAUUCGACCACUGCAAGCCUGAGUGCUGCUAAUUCCAACCUCCCUUCUCCAGCUUUGAAUCUUAGUGGCCUCAUUAGUGCCUUUUCAAACAAAGGUUUCACUGCUAAUGAAAUGGUAGCCCUCUCAGGAUCUCACACCAUCGGGCAAGCUAGGUGCACUUCCUUCCGGGCAAGAAUCUAUAAUGAAAACACGAUUGAUUCCUCCUUUGCAACUUCACUAAGAGCAAACUGUCCAAGCACAGGAGGUGACAACAACCUUGCCCCUCUCGAUACAACAAGUCCAACAUCAUUUGACAAUGCAUAUUUCAAGAAUUUGCAGGGCCAAAAAGGGCUAUUACACUCUGACCAACAACUCUUUAGUGGGGGUUCAACGGACUCUCAGGUUAAUACUUACAGUUCCAACUCGGCAACUUUUUCGACAGAUUUUGCCAAUGCAAUGGUAAAGAUGGGAAACCUUAGCCCACUCACAGGCACAAACGGUCAAAUCAGAAAAAAUUGUAGGAAAGUCAAUUGAAUCUAUCUCUUUUAUAGUUGAUAUUUUUCGAUUUUGUGGUUUUGAAUAAGGUAUUAAUUUGAAUAAAAUGUUUAAUUGAGUGUUGUUUAUGUAAUUUCAGGUGCAAUAUAUAUUUUUUUUGUUUUGGUCAAUUUCAUUGCAAAUCCAAUGUUUGUUUCAAUUUGUGCUUGUCCAUUCUGGCAAACUAAUGUCUUUGUGCAGAAUUUUCCAAUGUCAUUUUAAAUUGCGCGGUCUCUUUUCGAUUCUUC